AUGUUCUGGAUGAUGAUCGUCGGCCGCGGCGUCGCCGGCUUUGGUGCUGGUGGCGAAUAUCCAGGGAUUUCUCUCGCUUGGUCCUGCUAUGACUUUGUGACGUAUCCGUUUGGCAUCUUUUCUUCCUCAAUCAUCUCUCGAUUCAAUACGGACAAUACCUUGACCGAAAAUAUAGGCUACGGACCCGUGGUGAACUGCUUCUACCUCCCUGGCCGCAUAGUCGGCGGCCUACUUAGGGACUGCAUAGGCCGCAAACAGACAAUGACCCUCGGCUUCUUCUGCUGGGGCAUCCUCGGCGGCGCGCUCGGGCCCAUCCAGACUGUCUUCCCCCUCUUCGUCGUCCUCUACGGCACCUUCAACUCCUUCGGAGAAAUGGCCCCUGGCGUAGCCACUUUCCUCACAGCUUCGGAAUCUUCCCCGACGCCUCUGCGCGGCCAUUUCAUGGGCUUCGCUGCUGCGGUGGGGAAAGCGGAUGCGGCGAUUGGAACGCAGGUGUUUACGCCCAUUCAAGAUAGCUUGGGCAGUGGACAGAAGGGGCAGCAGAGGGUUUUCUUGAUCGGGUGUGCGUUCGCUAUCGUGGGGGGCAUGAUUGCGUGGGUGGUCAUUCCUGAUGUUGGAAGGGAUUUAGAAGGGGAGGAUGUGAGGUUCAGGUGGUAUUUGGAAGAGAAUGGCUUUGCCACGAGUGGGGUGGGUGGGGAGUAUCUGACUGAGCAGGUGAAGGAUAUGACGUUCAAGCUGGACGAAUGA